AUGACUGAAAGAUUAGAUGAAGCACUAGUGCGUAUAUUUUACUGUGUGCAACAACAUUAUUUCAAAGAAGAAAUUGAGCUGCUAUUGAAGAAUAGAGAAUUGCCAGCAAACAGUAAAUAUAAAAAUAUGAGCAUUUUUGUAGAAGAUACUUAUGGUGUUCCGCUACUACGUGUUGGUGGGAGAUUAGCGAAGGCUGCAUUACCAUAUGAUGCUAAACAUCAAAUUUUGUUACCGAAUAACUCAGAAAUAGUUUGCAGUUUUGUACGAUUUCUUCAUUUCAAAUAUUUGCAUGCUGGUACGCAAGCGCUUAUGGCUAUAGUUAGGCAGCGAUUUUGGAUAUUUCAUGCUAGAGGAGUAAUACGCAAAAUUACUGGUGGUUGUCUACAAUGCUUUAGAUGCCAUCCAAAAUUGAGUAAUCAGAUUAUAGGCGAUUUACCCUCUUCUAGAGUCACCGUAGCGAGGCCAUUCACUGUGACUGGAGUGGACUUUUGCGGCCCUAUUACAACAACGUAUCUACUUCGUGGGUACAGAACAACAAAAAGCUAUAUUGCUGUUUUUAUUUGUUUUGCCACAAAAGCUGUGCAUAUGGAGGUGGUCUCUGAUUUGACUGCAAAGGCUUUCCUGGCUUCAUUAAAAAGAUUUGUAGCUCGACGCGGCUUAUACUUAAAAUUAUUUUGCGACAAUGCCACUAAUUUUGUGGGUACUCGUAAAGAGCUCGAGGAAAUGAAAUGCAAGUUUUUUGAUCAACAAGUACAGGGCAAGAUUUCAAAAUAUUGUACUGCCAAUACAAAAUAUCAUUUGGCUAGAAUAUUGGGUCAAUCGCAUCUUACAUUUGAAGAGCUGGCAACAGUGGUUGCGGAAGUAGAGGCAGUUUUAAAUUCAAGACCUUUGACAACCUUGUCUAACGACCCAAAUGAUGAAAGCGUUCUUACACCGGCACAUUUCUUAACAGGUGGUCCGUUGGUUGGAACUGUGGAACCUACUGUGGAUAGCGAAGAAUGGUCUCAUAAAGAUAGAUGGCUACGAAUUUCGGCCAUACAACAACAUUUUUGGAGAAGGUGGUCGGCGGGGUAUCUUCAUGAACUUCAACAGAAAGUCAAAUGGACUAAGAAGCAGAAGAACCUUAAUGAAGGUGAUAUGGUGUUAAUUGCAGAAGAAAAUUUGCCUUCUAAGCAAUGGCUUAUUGGGAGAGUGCUGAAAGUGACAAGAGAUGCUAAAGGUUGGGUUCGAGUUGCUGAUGUAAAAACAAAAAAUGGAGAGGUUCGCCGAGCAAUCCAUAAAUUGGCACCUAUUCCAUCUGAAUGUUGA